AUGACGAACGGUGGUGCAUUGCGCUGCUGCGGUUUGUUGACGACGAUAGUGGCGGUGGGCGUCGUGCUGCUGGCGACGCCGUCGGAGUGCGCGCGCGCCUUCUUCGUGUUCGGCGACUCCCUGGUGGACAACGGCAACAACAACUACCUGCUGACGACGGCGCGCGCCGACUCGCCGCCGUACGGGAUCGACUACCCGACGCACCGGGCCACCGGCCGCUUCUCCAACGGCCACAACAUCCCGGACAUCAUCAGCGAGCAGCUCGGCGCCGAGCCGACGCUGCCGUACCUGUCCCCUGAGCUCCACGGCGCGAAGCUGCUGGUGGGCGCCAACUUCGCGUCCGCCGGCGUCGGGAUCCUCAACGACACCGGCAUCCAAUUUGUGAACAUCGUGCGGAUCAGCAAGCAGCUCAAGUACUUCCAGGAGUACCAGUGGAAGCUGCGCGCGCUGGUGGGCGCGUCCCAGGCGCAGCAGGUCGUGAACCGGGCGCUGGUGCUCAUCACCUUGGGCGGCAACGACUUCGUGAACAACUACUACCUCAUCCCCUUCUCCCUCCGAUCCCGCCAGUUCUCCCUCCCGGACUUCGUCCGCUACCUCAUCUCCGAGUACAAGAAGAUCCUCGUGAGGCUGUACGAGAUGGGCGCAAGGCGGGUGCUGGUGACGGGGACGGGGCCGCUGGGCUGCGCGCCGGCGGAGCUCGCCCUCCGGAGCCUCGACGGGCAGUGCGACACGGACCUGAUGCGCGCGGCGGAGCUGUUCAACCCGCAGCUGUCGCAGGUGCUGUCGGAGCUCAACGGGAGGUACGGCGAGGGGACGUACAUCGCCGCCAACUCCAUGCGCGUGCACUUCGACUUCAUCAGCAACCCGGCGGCGUACGGGUUCAGGACGGCCAAGGAGGCGUGCUGCGGGCAGGGGCCGCACAACGGCGUCGGGCUGUGCACGGUGGCGUCCAACAUGUGCGCCGACAGGGACGAGUACGUGUUCUGGGACGCCUACCACCCCACGGAGCGCGCCAACCGGAUCAUCGUCAGCCAGUUCAUGACCGGAUCGCUCGACUACAUCAGCCCGCUCAACCUCAGCACCGUCCUCCAGAUGGAUGCCAGGCUCAUGAACUGAUUCAUCUGUCUCACCAGAGCACCAGACCAGAGCUAGCAAGCUACUCCAACACUCUAGCUUCGUGAUAGUCAUAGUAGUACCAGUUUAAUUGUCGAUCGUUAGCCUUGUUUGGUUUGUUGCUGCAUCCUGUGGUUCACGCUGUUCUCGGGUCGGUUUUGAAUGGUGGCGUUGUGUUCGUGUGUUGUUAAUUGGAGAUCAAUAAUAUAUGUGAUAGUAACAUCUUUGAGACA